AUGGCACAUUUCCUUGUCCUCUUCAUUGUGCUGCUGCAAGCAGGAGCGGCAUUUGCCAGCGGCGAAUCCAAGAAAAUCACCAUCACGGGUACUCCCUCCGAAGGCUUUCACCCGAAAGGCGAGGAGGGCACGAUGGCAAGCGUGGGCCUUCUAGCUACGACCGUUGGGACUAAUAAGCUAGUGUUGCAACUACCGCCACCGCCGCCGCCGCCACCGCCACCACCACCACCACCACUAAAAGAGAGGAGAUGCCUCUCCUCCAUCCCUGCGCAAGACCUCAACCAAGCCGGUCUCGCAGAAGCCGCCACCUCCAAGCCGCAAGCAAGGCUCGGCAGUGGCUCCAGUCCAGCAAGAUACCGACAGAGCCAGGACGUCCCGCCAUCGCCCCAGCCACACCCUAAAGCUCGUUCGGCAACAAAGGCGCCCCUGGCCAUGGCCGCACGCCGAACACUCCGAUUGCCUGGCCUAUCCAAGUAA